AUGACCAUAUCUGAAUAUGAAAGAAAGUUUGUCAAAUUAAGCAAGUAUGCCCAAGAGUGCAUUCCAACCAAAGUGGUUAUGUGUAAACGUUUUGAAAACGGGUUGAAUAAAGACAUUAAGCUUUUAGUUAGAGUAAUUGAACUGAAAGAAUUUGUUAUGUUUGUUGACAGAGCACAUAAAGCCGAGGAGCUUAGUAAAGAAAAGAGAAAAGCUGAAUUUGAAUUUAGAGAUUCGAGAAAGAAAUUUACGGGAAAGUCUCAUCAGUUAGCAUUGAAGAAAUCUAAAGAACAUCACUACCAUCUUACUAUUUCUGUAGGGCAUCCUAAUAGAGAUAGAGAUGCGAGACACUCCAGUCCUAAACCCCAAGCUACAUCUAUAGCGAGUGUGGGUAGUGUUAGAAAUGCUAGACUUGAGUGCAAACACUACAAUAGGCCACAUUAUGGCGAGUGUCGAGUGAAAAGCGGAGUAUGUUUUAGAUGUGGCUCCUUCGGCCACUACCUUAGAGAUUGCCCAGAGAAGCCUGAGAAAAAGAAAGCUCAAACUGCAAGGCUGAGCAAUACAGCUGCUAGAGAGAGACCACCUCGAAAUACUGGAAAUAUGAGUGGUAGUUAA